AUGGUUUAUACCUUCACCUAUUUCACAACUGACCAGUAUGUGCCAAGUCUACCGCUGAUGGGACGGGACCUCUCUGGCUCGCAAAGUAUGAUGAGCGCGACAGUGCAGAUGAACUUCGUGGUGAAAGCGCUGGCAGGCAUCUUCACUGCAGGUCUGUCAGACCGAGUUGGCCGGAGGCCUACUCUUUUGGUAUGCAUGGUUUUGCUCAGUUUGGCCAGUUUUUGUUGCGGAUGCGCUGGCCGAAUCGAAUGGUUCUUUGCCGCACGCGUCCUCCAGGGGCUCGGCGAGUCAGUGGAACCUGUGGUCUUUGCCAUCGUCCGGGAUUUCUUCACAGAGGAGGAGGCGCGUUUCGCCAUGGUGGCUGCCUUGCAGACAGUGUCCAUUGGAGGCAUGUUAGUUGCACCGGUCUUUGGUGUUUUUUUGGCUGAGCUCUUUGGUUGGCGCUUGUCCUUCUUUGUUUUGGCCGUGGUUUGGGGCAUCCUGGCAUUCUACGCCUACGUGGAGAUGGUUGAGAGUUGUCCAGACGGAUCUGCGACCCAGAGCUAUGUCGGUGAGUUGAAACGACUUCUGGACCCCUACCUCCUGUGCUUGUUACUGACAGAGAGUUGCAUGAUGGCGGCAUACCUGACCUUCAAUGCAAACAUCAGUUAUCUGAUACAGUCCUUCCAGCAGCCAACCAUUACGGCUUCAAUCAGCAUGUUGGCAUUUGCAGCCUUGAAUGCCACUGGCCUGUGGCUGAUGAAGAAGCUGCAGCUUGGGAACCUUUGGGAGGUGGCGAUCAUCGCCGUGGCAUACUUCGCCUCCACGGGCUUCGUUUCUUUGUCGCUGGGCAUUUUGUUCUCUGACUUCCUGUGGUCCUAUUUGUUGGGAACCUUCCUACAGGCCAGUGCGAUCACCAUGGCGUUGGUCUCUGUGAACGUGCUGUUCUUUGAGCCCUUGCAAGAUUGCGCUGGCAUGGCUGCUUCAUGCGAGAUUUGUGCCAAGAGUCUGAUUCCAUGUUUCUUUUCCAUGCUUUCAACCCAAUCCUUGAUGCACUGGGGGCCAAAAGGCCUGACAUUGUUCCAAGCGAGCGCCUGUAUCUCAUCUGGCUUGGUCUUUUGCACACUGGAGGCACAUGAAUAUUUCAAUGGGAGACAUCAACCCGAAGAAAUCUUCAGCAGCGUCCGGGCACUGGAUGGAAAAUUGGAAGCUGCUGAUCUCGAGCAGCUCUGCGGUUUGGUGCCGCUGGCGCCAAAGGAAAGGGUGAUGGCUUCGGGUUCCCUGGCUUUCCGCAGUGACAUGACCCUGCAAGCUUUCUUGGAGCACAUCUAUGGGACACCCACAAUCCUGGGGUGGUGGCCCAGCCUCAUGGAGGAGGCAGCCAGUGACGCAGUCCAAAGUGGACUUCCUUUGGCCGACGUUUGCAGCGCCUUCGAACUGGCGGCCAAGCGGGGACAUGUCGAGAUCCAGGACUUGCAUGAUGUGCUGCUGCCAGCCUUGGG